AUGGUUGGCCUUAAGGAAUUUAUUUUCAUUUACUUGUUAGGUGGCAUUACAUUUAUUCCAUUAUCAAUUUUUGUGAUACUUAAACUGAAUAAGGUUGACAAGAAAAAGCUAGUUAAUGAUAAUGGUGAUGAUAAUAGUUUAUUGACGGCCAAGAAAGUUGAUCCGCAUUUCAAAUUGGGAAAAAUUUUAGAGGAUGAAGGUGUUAAUGUUUAUAAGAAAGGUUGGAUUACUGUCACUAAAAAAUAUUAUUAUCAUUUCUCUGAGAUUCCAAGUUUAAAUAUUGAUUUGAAUAAUAAAGAAUCUCCACAAUAUUUUGAAAGAUCUCAAUUGAAGAAAAAACAUAAUUUCUUUGCUGUUUUGAAACAUGGUAAUUUAUUCCUAUAUAAGAAGGAUGACGCCAAUAGUGAUUUAGUCUAUGCUAUAUCUUUGAAGAAUAAUUUUUUAACUAUCUGGCCAAGAAAUCCAAACAAAGAAGUUGUAGAUGGCUCUUUAUUUACCAAGAGAACAUGUAUCGCCAUUCUUCAAGAUUCGCUGGUUGAAUACGAUUUAAAUAAUGAUUCAAUCAAACUUGAUGAAGGGACAAUUAAUAAAAACAAUUUUAUUUAUAAUAAUAAUACCAAUGAAACUAAUAAUAGUAUUAUUCCAACCUCUCCAUCUGUGAAUUCAUCAAUGAAUCAACAUACAAAUUCAACCCCAUCAACAUAUUACUUGUAUUUCAAUAAUAAUAUGGAUAAAGAAGAUUGGUAUUUCCAAUUAAUUAAUGCUUCAAAAACUAGUAUAAAGAAUAUAUCACAUCUUUCAAAACUAGACCCAUCACUGUCCGCAAAUACAGCCCAUUUGAACACUCAUGACACUUUAUUAUUGAUCCAGAACUUAAAUUCAACUGAAGGUCAAAUACAUUCUCAAUGGUUUAACGCCUUAAUUGGUCGUUUAUUUCUUUCUUUGCAACAAACUGAUUCUUUAAAUACUGCUAUUUACAAUUCUGUCUGUAAAAAAUUGAGUAAGAUCAACAAACCAGGUUUCCUAGAUGAUCUAAUUGUGGAAAAAGUAGAUGUUGGUAAUUCAGCUCCAUUGAUUACCAACCCUAAAUUGGCAGCAUUAUCUCCAGAUGGUUCAACCAAGAUAACAUGUAACUUACUUUAUACGGGUAAUUUGUCUCUUAAUAUCGCAACUAAAGUUCAAAUCAAUUUAGGUUCUAGAUUUACACAAAGAGAAGUUUCAAUUCAACUAGCCAUAAAAGUUAAGGAAAUUUCUGGCCCUAUGAUACUAAUAAUAAAACCACCCCCAUCAAACAGAAUAUGGUAUGCUUUCGAAUCAAAUCCAAAGUUGGACUUUGAUAUUGAACCAAUCGUUAGUUCUUCUAAACUAUCAUACAAUGUAAUAAUAAAUGCCAUUAAAAACAAGCUAAUAGAAGGUAUUCAGGAAUCAUUAGUUUUCCCAUUUAUGGAUGAUUUAGUCUUUUUUCCAACUACUGAUGAAAUUUACAGAGGUGGUAUUUGGAACAAAAAUGAAAACAGAGAUGAUUCCGUAACAACUAUUCAGACAAUUAAUAAUAAUAUAGAAGACAACAAAUCUAAAUCAACAACGAAUAACACUGUCUCAAAUAUUGAUGAUAAUUUAAAUGAUGAUAUAAACUCCAUCAGUAGCUCGUUCGAUAAUCAGAGUACCAAAACUGGAAAUAUAAAACAGAGAACUUUACAAAAGGUAGGAAAUUUAAAGGAUACCAUUCAAUAUAGAAAAAGCAAGGGCAGUUUUGCAUUGCCAUCAGGGAAGGAUGACAAUAAUGAUGCUGCAUCAAUAAGCUCAGCCAAUACCUGUGAUGAAAAUGGUACUACAAAAAAAUAUUUUAAAAAUUCUAUCAAGAAGAUUAACAAAUGGUAUAAGGAUACUAUUAAUAACAAUGAAGAAGAUGAAAAUUCUUUAUCAUCUGUUGAAAACGCAAACGACUUAAAAAAUGAAAAACAGAUGCAAACUAAUGAAGAUAUUACUAACAGAGUAACUGCCGCAGUUACACCUGAAGCAACAAAACCUAAACCAUCAAACCGUGACUCAGCAAAUCAGGAGCCCACACUCUAUAAAAAUGAAAGUAUCAAUUCUUUAACAAAAGAGGAAUUACCAGACAUUUUAGUAAAAGAAGGUCCACCUGAAACUUUACCUGCUACUCCAAUAAUGAUAUCCAAUAGAAGAAGACCGGUUCCGAAAAUUCCUGUUAGCAUAAAUACUACAAUGCAAGAUUCUAAUACUGUUGACAAUAAUCAGCAACAGACACCAACAUCUCCAAUCUCCAAUAUGUUUGUCAAUUAUGCAAGGACAAGAUCUUUAUCUUCUACAUCAAAUGAUUUUAAUAAUAUCAGAAAAGCAAGUUACUCAAAGAUUAGUAAUCCAAAUAUCAUAAGAGAGACUGACAUCGAUUCUUUCCCUAAUGAAACAAGUAAUCCAAACGAUACUAAUUAA